GCAGCCACCACGGCUUUCUUCUACACAAUCGACUAUCAUACUCCCACACGAGCUGACUGGCGCAUCCUCCAUUGCACCGGGAAUGACUCUCCCACCGCUUGCGGUGGUCGUUCUCUAGCCCGCGUUGUCCAGCACCCCCGCUUCGCAUCUCGAGUUCCCCGUUUGACAUCGACCUUCUUGUCCGCCCCCUCUCGUCACUACCUCUCCGGGAUUCCAUCUGCGGUUGUCUCGAUGGCGAGCGCUACAUCCUUUCUGAGCCACCUAGGUGGCCGCCCACCAAGAUAUCGUACCCCCUCCCCGCCGCGGCGAGCCAUCGAACCCAUAUCGCCCUCCACCUCAGCCAGCUUUCGCGUUGUGUGGGAUGAGCGCAACGCCCACGAAGCUGCGAAUCUGGAGCGCAGCAGUUAUACAGUGGAUAACGGACAUUCUGGAGCUGCAGGACGAGAUGUUGGUCAACAGCAUCCCGUCGCGGGCGGCGGGGCUCACCACCGCGCGGGCGGGCAUGGCCGGACGAGUUCCACGAUCGAUACUCUCGCAACGAUCGCUUUGGCGACCAGUCCUACAUUUGCACCCCUGCCUUAUGAGCACUCUGAGUCCGUAGAACCCCAUGAGGUGUCUCCGUUUACUUCCGACUACCGCGAACCUGUGGAGCGUCCGGCGAAGCGCGCUCGUUCGGAGAAAGACUUGUCGCCGAAUUGGGACUCCAGCAGCGGGAGACCAGCGACCAGUCACGCGUCAAUUCUGGAUAGUAUGAAAACUGAUGCGGAACUCCUCCUUAACUUUGCGAGACCUAGUAAUGUCCAUCCUCUCGCAUCUUCCUCACACCACCGGCUGAGCGUGAACGAACCUUACGGACCCGCCGGCGACACAAAGUGGUACUCGAAACCAAAUUUGGCUGCCACCGGAUACUCCAGAGUUGAUCCAGAAGGUUACCUCAAUUCGUUUCCGGGACAUGGUAUCUCGCCUUCUCGUAUGAGGUCACGAUCAGAUGGCUCCGCGGCCAUCGCAAGGCCGAUUAUGCAGGGCCUCAGACCCAACACAAGCUCCUCGAAUCUCCCACCAGUUAUUUGGCAAGCCGACGACGGCGACAGUGCUUGGCUACAUGGACCUGGAUCCCCUGAGCACGGCACGCGCACUGUCGGGCAGCGAUUUGAUGGCGCUGGGAGCCAUGCCCCUCAGUCUUCAACCGCCAUGCCUCCCAAGAAGGAGGACGAUGAAGACACAGAGGAUUCAAACCAAGCAACCUGUGCAGCAUGCAAUCUAGUGCGCAUACCUGUGAACGGUGACGAACAAGGUGAAGUCACUUGGAUCAAUUGUGACGGUUGCAAGCAGUGGUUUCACAUUGUCUGUGCUGGAUUCAAGAAUGACCGUGAGGUGCGGACGGUCGACAAGUUCAUCUGCCGCCCUUGCAGACCUAUCCAUGGACAGACAACGUUUGUACGAAAAUCUUCCCGUGCUCGUACCGCUAUAGACUACGCCGGUCUCAACCAAGGGGUAGUCAAAACAUCCACCGACCAUCCGGAGCAUCAUUACAUCCAAAUUAUCAAGGACGGCAAAUUCCGAUUCCUACCAGAGAGUUUUCCGCGGAUGAGGCCAGAGCUGGUCACUGCUGAAUAUUUCGAACGGGGCAAUGGGAUGACUGAACCGAUUGUCAUUCCAGCUGCCUUCAAUACUCGUAAAUCGGUUACUCCAACCGGAUCCGAUUUCGAUGCCCUCGUCGAAGAGGUCUCGACGCAGGAAAUGUUCGACGAACUACUCGAGAAUCAACCUGACGAGGCGGAGGAUACUGAGGAAGUCAUUGACUGCGGCCAGGACCUUCUGGACAUGAUUGUUCCCCAAGGCCUCACGGUCCGAGCUGUUGCAGAGCUGUAUGGGCCUGAUGAGAGAGUCGAGGUCAUUGAUGUGAAGUCCCAACAAGGUGAAGAUAAGAGAUGGAAUAUGCAGAAAUGGGCCGAUUAUUAUGAAAGCACUGGUCCGAAAGUUGUUCGGAACGUCAUCAGCCUGGAAGUGUCGCAGAGCAGACUAGGCAGGCUGAUCCGUCGGCCAAAGAUUGUGCGUGAUCUUGACCUCCAGGACUCGGUUUGGCCCGAAGAGCUGAAGGCUAUUGGAGACUAUCCCAAAGUUCAAUUCUACUGCUUGAUGUCGGUAGCUGACUGCUACACUGACUUCCAUAUUGACUUUGGUGGGUCUUCGGUCUACUAUCAUAUACUGAAGGGCAAAAAGACAUUCUUCUUCAUACCGCCCAAGGAAAAGCAUCUGAAGAAAUACGAGGAGUGGUGCAACUCCCCUGCUCAGGACACCACUUUUCUUGGGGACCAAACCAAAGAAUGCUACCGGGUUGAUCUCUCAGAGGGCGAUACAAUGCUCAUUCCAUCCGGUUGGAUUCAUGCUGUCUGGACUCCCGAGAAUAGCCUGGUUAUCGGCGGGAACUUCUUGACAAGGAUGAACUACGGGAUGCAGAUAAAGGUGGCUAAGAUCGAGAAGGACACCAAAGUGCCCCGGAAGUUUCGCUAUCCUUUCUUCCAGAAGAUCCAAUGGUACACUGCCCUGAAAUACUUGGAGGAUGAUCCUAUUCCCGACGAUGUCCUGGAAUCUUUCACCCAGGAUGAGAAUUUCCGCUUCCAUCGAGACUACCCUAUCUAUUACGAAUUUGGAGAACGAGCGAACCAGGCGCCGCGAGGCUCUGCUUAUUACAAUUCACGCUUUUAUUCUCAAGCCGAACUGGAGGGAUUGCCUGAUUUGGCCAAGUAUUUGCUCCGGACGGCUCUGAUCGCGGGUGGUUACAUCGUGGAUGGCGUCACCCAAGAGACCAGGAACGCUGUCAAGCGCUCCAUACCAAAGGGCCAUGGGGAUCCAGUGGAUACGGUCAGGAAGUUUGGCGUCUGGAUUGCAUGGAAGCGAGGCAAUGAGAAAGCUCCGCAGUGGACUCGCCCAGGCGCCAUUGCUCUCAACACCAAGAUUGACUUGUCCGACAAGAAGCCGGCUGGCCGUCCCAGUCGUCGGUCAGAACGCACUGCCGAGAGCCAGCGGAUGUAUGCUGAACGACAGGCUGUACGUCGCCUGUCCGACCAGGCCUCGACGUCAUCGUCGAACGGAAUUACUGGCCUUGUUCCUACUCCAGCGGAUAGCAGCCCAGUCACCAUCCGCAAAGAUAGCCUGUCGGGCCCUGCUGUCAAGGAAGAAGGGGUAAAGCCUCGGAACGCCCAAAAGGGGUCCGGUCUGGGACCGAAGAGGGUCGCCUGUGAUGCCUGCCGCAAGCGACGAAUUCGAUGCCGUCACAAGGAUGAGCAGAACGACGCCUCAUUCAUGAAGACAUAUACCAAGCAGAUGGCGGUCGAUCAAUUUGGCCCCGGUGUCGGUAUGCAGAGCCAGACUAAUCUAGCACACGAUGCUGCUUCUGUAUUGAAUUCCCUUGCUACAAUCGCGACUGAAGCAGCCUUCCAUAAUGGCGGCAACGCGGCAAGGCUCGAGACUCUUGGGAAGCAUAACUCGUCUCUUAUCGGCGUUCCUGGUGCAGGGCUUGUCAAGGGAGCCGAUUUGGUUGCAGAUGGUCCAAAUUCUGCAAAAAAGGGACGGAGCAAGGCAUGCGACGAGUGUCGAAAAAGCAAGCGUCGUUGCAUACAUGAUGAGUACGGCAGAAUCGAUCCAGUUAAAGCCCAGGAGCGAUCGAAACCUCGUGGCUCGAAUGCCGCAAAGCGCCCACGACCGGGUGAGGAGGGUGCCGCUUCAUCACCCAACAAGAAAUUGAAGCAAGGGACGGAGCCCGAAAUGGUCCUACCAGUGACCUGGGGAGAAGGAGAGCCUCAGACGUCCCAGCCAGCUGCAGGGCUGGCUGCUCCAGAAAUCCGAGCGGAAGCUCAUCCUAACGAUGAUCUUUCCAACAUUGAUCCGCUCCUCCAGGAUCACUCCCAGUUCGAAAUAGGACAUGGGCUUUCGAUGAGCCAGAAUUCGUACGCCUCUCCGCCUGCUCUGAAGCCAGACACGGUGGUAUCUAGCGAGGUCACAUCGGUGCCAGUGCAUGCAGAGCCGACUACUUCUCUUGUUUCGCCGCCCACUUCGCUCGCAGACGAUAUGGAUGUCUCGUUAGACCAUCCUGAUGCCAACAUGCGGGCUUCUAUUGAAGAGGGACAGGGAGGAGAAAACUCCGCGUUGCACACACCAACCUCAAGCUCCCGCCACUCCUCCCGUCAGCCACGCCAGAUCGAGCGGUAUGUACUGGAUUCCCAGCCGCCUAAAGCUGCAUCCCAGCCGUCGUCGGCGCAUCGACCGUCUUCCAGCACGGCAGGGUCUGUGGCACGUAGGGCGACUCCUGCUCCUCAGUCUGCCAGCAAGAAGCCAUCCUCACGGCCGUCAUCAUCUCAUGCAAAGAAAAGCCAUUCGCCUGCCGUUGAUAAGAAAUCGGACCGAAGCGCCGUCUCGUCAGCGUCCCCGGGUCAACUUGGCAAGAGUAUGAAACGCGACCAGGCGACCUUCGCGGAGCUGGAGGCGGAUGCAGAGAGCUUGCGAUUGAUCCGAGAACUCCAGGAACAGGAUUUUGGAUUGCGCAAGCGGGGUACAAGGGUUUAGUGACACAUAUAGCAGUAACACCCCCUAUGGGGUUGUCCGUCGCUAGUCUGUUUUCUCGUUUCCUAUGUUUAUCGACAGCCACGGUCCUUUAUCUGAUAUCCCUCUUGCUUCUUGUUUGUUCUUUUUCGUCUCAUUUCUUUUCUGUUUUGC